GGCGGUCUGCGGCGUGACGCCAUCGCGAGUCAAUCAGUCGGUCAGCGUCGUCGCGACGACGACCACAGCGGCGGCGAUGGCGGGGACCGCGCUCAAGAGACUCAUGGCCGAAUACAAACAGCUGACACUCAACCCGCCGGAGGGAAUCGUCGCAGGUCCCGCCAAUGAGGAGAACUUUUUUGAGUGGGAGGCGCUAAUCAUGGGACCGCAGGACACGUGCUUCGAGGGCGGCGUCUUUCCGGCCGUGCUCACCUUCCCCUCCGACUACCCGCUCAGCCCCCCUAAGAUGAGGUUCACCUGUGACAUGUUUCACCCCAACAUCUACCCCGACGGCCGCGUGUGUAUCUCGAUCUUGCACGCACCCGGCGAUGACCCCAUGGGCUACGAGAGCAGCGCCGAGCGGUGGAGUCCCGUCCAGAGCGUGGAGAAGAUCCUGCUGUCGGUGGUUAGCAUGCUCGCAGAGCCGAAUGACGAAAGCGGCGCCAACGUGGACGCCUCGAAAAUGUGGCGGGAGGACCGGGAUCACUUUUACAAACUGGCUCAGAAGAUCGUACGCAAGUCCCUGGGCCUUUAGUGUGAUCUCAACACCCACUGCCGUGUGUGUGUGCAUGUGUAUACAUGCACUCACACACGCAGCAGCAUGGACUGCUUUGCUUCGGUCCAUGACAGCAACGUGACGGUUGAUUGCACCGCCACCCUUAGAAGAGUUGACCCCAAGUCCCACCAUCAGGAAGUGAUGUCACAUCAUGAGCCCUCCACUCCUGGCUGCUCAUUGGCCAUGUAAGAGAAUCACAUGAGAUUGCAGAAGACUGAAAGGGAAGUUGCCAGCUGAUGACACGCUCACAUUGGGAGGUAUUUCUUUUCUACGGAAAUCCGUUUGUGCUUUUAUUCCGUGUGCUUCAUAUCCUGCUUCAGGUCCUGACUCGUAAGACAAUUUAGCACACUCGUGGCGGGUAGUUGGAAUGUUCUUUCCUUUGCUACUUCUGGCGUCCUUGUACAAGUUGAAGUUGGCUAUGGAAGAACGGCAUUCAGGGCGGCCAUAAUUUACAGUGUGUGGAUUUGAAUCAUUAUUUCCUCCAAAAACAAUCUUGAGUGCAACUUGACUUCAUCGCCGACUCCCAUCGCGGUGUCAUUUGACUGUUUGACAAGUAUGUUGUACAAUAAACAAAGAAACAAUCCAAAUGUU